GAACGCUAUCAUAGACACGUUAAGACCGAACUGUGUAACAUACGUCGCUUAGAAAAUUUUACGCAACAUAUUCAUAGUGUACCUUAUCUGUUGCGGGAAAUUAUUCAUCUUUCUCGAAUCUUUUUAACAUCCUCCAGAUUUUUCAAGUUACAUUGAACGGCUCUGUCUGCGUUAGAAUGUUAUCUAUUGAAGCGUAAGAAGAAGAUCAACGUUAACUAGAUCUAAUUUAGAUGCUUAGAAGAAUUAUGAAGCGACAUUAUGAUCGUCGUUUAUUGGAACGUAAGGAUGUUGUACUUUCGACCUUAUCGCAAAAGCGCUGAUUGACAUGUAAGGCAGUCCGAUUGGAUUUGUUAAUAAAUCGGGCAUCCGUCAAGAUCACUCGAUGAAUGUGAACACGUGUGCACCGUACAAGUUGAACAGAGAGUCCCUUGUUCUCAACUUUUCAAAGCUCGGACACGAUUUAGAUGCUCGUUUACAACUAGUAGCAGUUCAGCUUAAAGUAUCGACAGUUGAUCUUUCGAUCUUUUCAUUGUGUUCUCGAACAUUGCGUUCUCUUAGUAAAUCUAGUUAACGAUAAAAACAAAUCGCUAUCAUCAAUAUUUGGUAAAUUAAACAAGAAGUAUACAUAGAUAUUAAUUAUAAUAGUAUGAUAUGUGCAAGCGUCGAAAGAAGAAAUUCUGUAAAAAAAUUACGAGUAAAUUCAAAGCGCUGUAUUGAUUUUAUCGACGUAAAAGAAUUUAAUAUUUUUGAGACCCGUGAGAUAUGUCUUGAAAGAUAAAUGUUACAAACUUUAUGUGAAUGUUAUAUGCUAACAUGAUCAGUCCAAUCGUGAAAAUAUGCACGUUAAUUUGGUUGUCAUUGUGUUUGCUAACUACGAUCGCAUUUUUCGGUGAGAUUAGCCGACUCGACAUAGGAUUGCAGAAUUUUAGAGUGUCUGAAAAAAAUGAGUUUAAUUUCAAAGAUAAGAGAAGCACAGAUCGGUACGAAUUAAAUACCAGCUUGAAAAAUCAGCUUCAGAAACCGUUCAGAGAGAAAGCUGACGCUUUGUCGCGCCUUUUAAAAGCUAAUAUCGAUCGUUUGAGGAACGAGACCGAUCAGGUGGAACUGGUGUUUCUCGUUGACGCUUCAGGAUCGGUUGGCUUAAAAAAUUUUCACAGCGAAUUAAACUUUGUAAAACAUCUUUUGGCCGACUUUUCUGUGGAGCCUUCUACGACUACAGUAGCGAUCGUAACGUUUGGUGGAAGAAGACACAUCAGACGUAACGUAGAUCAAAUAUCUCAUAGUAAUGACAAUAAUAACAAGUGUUACUUAUUGAAUAAGCAAUUAAAUAAUAUUAAUUACACUGGUGGUGGAACGUACACGCGAGGCGCGCUUUUGGAAGCUCUUAGAAUACUCGAGAAGGGUAGAGUGAAUGCAAAGAAGGCAGUGUUUCUUAUAACCGAUGGAUUUAGCAAUGGGGGCGAUCCACGACCUGCGGCGAACCUUCUGAAAACUGCAGGUGCAACGGUAUUCACAUUCGGAAUAAGAACAGGAAACGUUGACGAACUGCACGACAUAGCCAGCUCUCCUGGAGACACGUACAGCUAUUUCCUCGAUAGUUUCGUGGAAUUCGAGGCUCUAGUACGACGAGCUUUGCAUCGCGAUUUGAAAGCAGGCAAAUACAUACCAGUGACGUAUCCAGAUAAUUGUAAUCUCUUAUGCAGAAAUAUCAGCGAAGUCGGAAACGAACGAAAUUGCUGCGAUAAUUUCGCAACCUGCGCCUGCGGCACUGUGACCGGACAUUACGCUUGCAUUUGCCCCGCGGGAUAUUUUGGCUCCGGUUUUCAGGGUUCUUGUCACCCUUGCCCAAAUGGAACGUACGCAUCUGGAGAAAUCUCCGGUGACCUCACGUCGAUGUGCAUAUCAUGCCCUGACGCGAAUCAGGUGACUGUUAAAGUACCUGCAACUUCCAUCGAGGAUUGCGUUUGCGCUUUCGGAUUCACCACGGACGGAAAUAAAUGCGAGGUUAUAACAUGUCCACGGUUAAGAGUACCGGAAAAUGGAUAUUUGGUAAAAGCAAGCGCAUGCAGCAACGUCGUUCACGCAGCUUGUGGCAUAAGAUGCAGAAUCGGUUUCUACCUGACGGGUGAUAGUAUUCGACUUUGCGGAAAAGACGGUAACUGGUCCGGGAACGAACCGAAAUGUUUGCUGAAAACCUGUCCGGCACUUCGAGUUCCUACACAUGGACGAAUGCGCUGUCAAAACGACGAGGACCAGCAUUUGAGCAUAGAAGAUACGACAAUGUAUCCAAUCGACUCUCGUUGUCAAUUCAGAUGUGAAACCGGUUAUCAACUUCGUGGAAGUAAAGUUCGCAAUUGUCUACCUUUGUCGCAAUGGGACGGUCUCAAAGCUAUGUGUACAGCGAUAAAAUGUGAACCUCUGAAACAAGUUGCGAAUGGACAAAUUUCGCCUGAAAAUUGUUCGGGACCGGAGAAGCUACCGUUUGGGACGAACUGCACUAUAACGUGUAAAAAGGGUUUCGUACUUGAGGGUCCACGUUCCAGACAUUGCAGCGGCCGUUCUGGAGUCUGGUCGCAACGUAGAACUGUUAAUCGAUGCAUAGAUAAAACACCACCUUCGAUAAUCUGUCCAGCUGACAUUAUCACUGAGAGCCUUCCAGGGAAGAAAUAUGCCAGUGUAAGCUGGACAAUACCGAACGUGACUGACAAUGUGGAUAGAUCACCUGUGUUAUGGAGUAAACCAUACAUUAGUUUCCCUUGGAAAGUAAAGAUUGGAACACGUACAGUAAUGUAUGUGACGCAAGAUUCAUCUGGAAAUAGAGCUAGAUGUAAAUUUAAAGUUAAAGUUCUUGAUAAAGAACCACCAAUGGUCGAGCAUUGCGUAGAUCCUCCGAUACUUUACACCGAUAAUAGAAUCGGAAUAAGUAACGUGACUUGGGACGAACCUGGUUUUCACGACAAUUCCAAAACUCCUGUACAAGUAGAACAAAAUUAUCUUCCUGGAGAAAACACGUUUCCUAUUGGGUUAACGCAAGUAGUGUACAAUGCCAUCGACAAGUACGAUAAUAAGGUGUCUUGCGUGUUAAACAUUACCAUAAAAGAUGCUUGUAAAGAGAUCCCAAAGGUGUUGAACGGUUACUCCAAAUGCAGUGCACCAUCAACGAACGAGACAAACGAGUGCACUAUAACUUGCGAAGAGGGAUAUGGAUUCGCGUCUGAAGAACCAAAUGUUGGAAUCGUAGAAAAUAUAUUGCUACUAAAAUGUAACGGGAACGCGUCAAAUUGGCUUGAAGAAAAUUACAUUCCUGAUUGUUCGGAGUCUACAAUUCCAAAAAGUGCAUCUCAAGAAGGAAGUAUUAUAUUAGAAGGAAACGCAACAAAUAUAUGUGACAACCAAACGACACUCCGUGAACUGAGCAAAUAUAUUACCGCCGAUUUAACGUCGAUAUUGCUCGACAUUUGUGGAAACGAUAUCGAAUGCGACCUCAUUACCUUCGAUCCUGAAUGCGAGGAGAUUCUUCCAUCCUCGAAUACAGUGUAUUCCAGUGUAAUAAGAAAACGAAGAGAACUUAGCUACGAUGAUAUUUCUAAAUUAUUUAUAACUAAUAUAAUGACAACGAAUGGUAUUAACUCAAAAUCAAAACGAAAUGUUAAAAUAAACGAUAAUAGAAGUAAAACGAAAUUGAGGAAGAAGAAAGAAAAAAUUGAAUUGAAGUUCAAAUUUUUAGGAAAAAUAAUCGAAGAGCACCUUCACAAUCCACGAGAAGGAAUCGAGAAAUUGCGGCAAAAGCUCGAGUCGUUGUCAAAAUCUGGGAAAUUGAACUUGUUCAACAACAGAACAAAUCAAGAAAUCGCGAAACUCGCGUUAAAUUUGCAUCUUAUUUUUAAAAAUUUUGAGGAAAUCUGCAAUCCAGGAAGCAUCUUAAAAAGACAUACUUGCGUCAAAUGUCCUUUGGGAACCUUCUUCAAUUCCUCGACCAAACGAUGUCAAUCGUGUUCCCUUGGAGAAUAUCAAAACGUAAGUGGAUCAUUGAACUGCAAACGUUGCCCUGAAUACACUUCGACGAAAAAAAUGCACUCAAAAUCUCUACAAGAUUGUAUACACUUAUGCAAAUCAGGAUACUAUUCUCAAAAGAAACGUUAUCAGAACAUACGAUUAGCUCUUGAACCUUGCCUAAUGUGCGACAUUGGAUUUUAUCAACCAGAAUAUGGCCAAACUCAUUGUCUUUCGUGUCCACCUGACACUACUACUAGAAAUCAUGGAUCUAAAAGUAUAAACGAAUGUCUACCUCUUUACAAAAUCGAAACUAAUAUCUGUGAUAUAGAAUCGUGUUUCAAUAAUGGACAAUGUAUACAAGAAGAAGACAGUUUUAGUUGUGAAUGUCCUGACUAUUAUGUCGGCUCUAAAUGUGAAACAUUCCAAAAUCCGUGUGAUUCUUCACCAUGUUUGAACGAAGGAAUAUGUAAUAUUCAAAGUUUAACGAACAAUACUAUAGGAUAUUCUUGUACGUGCAGAAAUGGAUAUUCAGGUAGCAACUGUGAGCUGUACAUCGACGAAUGUACCAUUAAUCCCUGUCGAAACAACGGCACAUGUGUAAGUACGGAGAAUGAUUAUGCCUGCGAGUGCAAAAGUGGUUUCGAAGGAGAAUUUUGUGAAAUCGUUGUGGAUUAUUGCGAUCCUUCACCCUGCAUGGAGGGAUCUACUUGUCGCAAUGUUAACGACACUUGGAAAUGUUUCUGCAGACCUGGCUUUCUCGGUCGCUAUUGUAAUUUAUUGCCUUGUGAUUGGUUACCGUGUAACGAAAAUUCAUAUUGUAUAAAUAUUGAAGAAGAGAAUGCAACAAUAAUGAGUUACAGGUGCGUCUGUAUAGAUGGUUAUUCCGGAGAAAAUUGCGCUAUAGAGAUGAAUUAUUGCGAGAGCAAUCCAUGUUUGAACAAUGGAAAAUGCACAAACAAUGUUCUCAAUUACACAUGCACGUGUCCUAUGUUAUUCACAGGACGUCAUUGCGAGACUGAAUUAUUCUCCGAUUAUACGAUACGCUUUAGUAAAUCGGGAACCACAGAUUAUAUCAGUAUGAAAGGUCCUACGAUAAAUCUUUCCAAGUUAACUACGUGUUUGUGGCUACAAUCGAAAGAUACGUUUAAUUAUGGCACUGUGUUGUCGUACGCUACACGUUAUUACGAUAAUGCAUUCACUUUGACAGAUUAUAACGGGCUGGUAAUAUAUCUCAACGGCGAGAAAGUAAUAACCGAUAUUAAAGUAAACGAUGGUCAUUGGCAUUUCGUUUGUUUCACCUGGGAAUCGGAGAAUGGCUCUUGGAAUAUUUUUAUCGACGGCCUUUUGAGAGACAAUGGCAUCUACUUGUCGAAAGGAAGUUCCAUUCAAGGAAAUGGAACUUUUGUAAUUGGACAAGAACAAGAUCGCGUCGGAGGAGGAUUUUCGGAGUUAGAAUCGUUUUUAGGAAAACUAACAUUAUUAGAUAUUUGGAGCACAGUGUUGACAGCCAAAGAUAUCAAACAUUUAUUCAACACCUGUGAAAAAUACCAUGGUAAUGUAAUUGCAUGGGCACAAAUGCAAGAACACAUGCACGGUGACGUUGCGAUAUUAAGCACUCCAUUUUGCCGUGGCUGUCCUUUACCCGUAGUACCAUUUAAAGGUAACAUAAACGUCAGCGAAGAUGCAUCAAACAUUACCUAUCAUUGCGACAGUGGUUACGUAGUGCGAUUUCAUGGUAGGGAAUACCGAUCUUUGACAGUGAAGUGUCUUAAACAAGGACAGUGGGAAGGAUAUUAUACACCCGUUUGCGCAAGAAGAAGAUGCGGAUUUCCGGGAUACUUCCCUCGAGGUCGUAUACAAGGUAGAUCGUAUCUAUUCGGAGAUGAAAUAUAUUACUCUUGUUUGAUCGGUUAUGAACUUCGAGGAAACCCCCGUAGAAUUUGUAAUGCCAAUGGAAAAUGGAGCGGAUUACCUCCAGUUUGUAUAGGAAAAACAUGCAAAAAUUUAUUGGCUCCAGAGCACGGGGACAUCGAGUACGUGAUAGAAGAAUAUGAAAGGGAUGAUCUUUCCAUUCUACAGGUAGGGCAGCAAAUCGAAUUCAAGUGUGAUGUUGGAUUUCAUGUAAAAGGGGAAAAACUUUUAACAUGUUUGGAAUCUGGACAAUGGGAUCAUGAAAGGCCUUCCUGCUUGCCUUAUAAAUGUCCACCACCAAAAAGGAUUAAUUACGGAUACAUAAUUUCUUCAAAUUCGAGAGAUCUACACGAAACUUCUGCCACAAAAUUUGAUUUACAAGCGAUUAAUGACACGCUCGAGAAGGACUACGAUCUUAACGAUAUUGUUGGAUAUUCUUGUUACCCGGGGUAUAAGUUUGAGGGCAAUCAUAAUUUGUUGAGCGAAUUUAAGCUUCAAUGUACGGAAAAUGGUACUUGGAUUGGAUUUGUUCCUGAUUGUGUACCUUUAAAGUGUCCGUGGCCCGACAUCGUGGAUAAUGGAAAGUUAUUGUUUAAAACACAAAACAAUGAUACCAUUGAACUUUUAAAUGAAAUGGGGUCUAACAAUACGAAUAUAGGAAUUACAUCAAGAGACGAUAGUGUCGGAAGAAAUCAAAGUUUAAAGGAUCAAUUUGCCAUUGGUUCUGAAAUUCUAAUAAAAUGCGAUGUAGGAUAUAAAUUAGUCGGUGAUAACUUUAGAAUUUGUACAGACGAUGAAGAAUGGUCAUCCACGUUAUCGUCUUGCGAACCUCAAGAAUGUCCCAUCUUAAGUCAUCCACUUCUUCAAAUCCUUCAUGAAGAAACAAACUCAAAUAAUCAUACUGCUACUUGGGAAAGUGAUCAGAAUAAAAAAUUGGGUGGCAAAGGGCCAUAUAAUGGUACUUAUGAGAAUCUAAAGUAUUUUGUAGAAGGUCAUACUUAUAUGAAAAGGAUAGUCUUUAGCUGCAACAAUGGAGAAAUUCAAUUGAGUAAUGCAAACAUUCAAGAUUCUAUUUCUGAUUUAACUUGGUUUUGUAAUGAGCAUGGUAAAUGGCAAAUAAAUGACAAUAUAUUAUUAAAUGACACCAUCAAUAAGCUCUUGGUUAAUAAUGGAAUUGAUAGAAUUUGUCAGAAAUUUAUGUGUGAUUUGAUAACAGUUCCAGAAUACAGUUACAUUAUCGAGACAAAUUAUACAAGAACUGUUAAUAGCACUAUUACAUUCAGAUGUCAUCAAGGCUAUAUUCUUAAAGGCAAUGAAAAAUCUGUUUGUCUUCCAAAUAAUACUUGGACUACUAUUCCUUUUUGUAAACCUGUAAUGUGUCAAAAACCACCUAAAGUUGCAAAUGCAGUUUUAAAAGAAGAUAAUAUCGAAGCAGUAAACUUUACAUUUGGUCAUACAAUUACUUACGAAUGCAUACCUGGAUACCAAAUGCUUGGUCAAGGGAAUGUAAGAUGUCUUGCAAAUGGGAAAUGGUCCAGAAUAUAUAGUAGAUGUUCAAGACUUUCGUGUAAUAAACCAAAACUUCCAUUUGGUGCAACAAUUCGUGGUCGUUCUUAUUUGUAUCAGGAUCAAUUAACAUAUGUGUGUCCUAGUGGUAAAAAGCAAGGAUUGAUUACAUGUAAGGCCGACGGACAUUGGAGUGAUUUACCGAAUUGUAAUAAUUAAUAAAAAAAACAUCAAUAUAGCUUCAUAUAGCUGCAAUAUAAACUUUACAUACAAAGAUAAAAUAAUAUAGCAAAUUUAUUUACUAAUUUUUUUAUUAAAUGACCACAAUUAUUAAAUCUUUAAGAUUUGAUACCUUAUCAUUUUACAUCUCAUAAGUAUAUUUUCACAAAACAAUGUUACUGUACAAGAGAGAUAAUGUUCUAUCAAUAAAUUUCAAUGUUACACAUCAAAUAUUCUACGUACUUAGGAUUAACUAUAAUUGGAAAUCAAACUAGAACUAACUUUGACAAAUUGUUACUAAUGAAUCUUUAAUACUGAACACUUGACAAAUUUCUAAUUCUACUAUCUAAAUUAGAUGAUAAAUUUAAAUGUUUUUGUGGUCUGAAAAGGUAAUGUAUUGUUGUAUACAAUUGUUAAAAAAUAUUGAGAGAAAUAUGUUGUAGAAGUUAGGAGUUAGUUAUGAUUUUUUGAUGUAAAAAGAAAAAAAUAAAUAUGUAUAACAACACA